UGACAUUGUGCCACCAGGCUUUCUGCCCUGCCACUCGCAGGCUUUUCCCACCUCCCAGCAGGGAUUAAACAAACCUGCAGUGAGCACAGCUGCAAAUUCAGAAGCCCUCCUGGCCCUCUUCUCCUUGGCAUUUCUUGGCAGCUCAGCUACAGGAGGACUCUGCAGAGCACCAGGGAGCUGCAGUCUAUCCAAGGAGGAGGUUCUGCUCAGAGCUCUCUGCUAACUCUCUACCUAAGGAGAAACCCCUGCAUCCUGCCUUCCAGCUGAAAGAAUUCAAGAACCCAACAACUCCGAAUAAUCCCCCAAGAAGAAGAAAAAAAAAAAAAAAAGAAACCAAACCCCACAGCUCUUCCUGCUUGACAACCAGAACUUCUCCCAGGUGGUUGCUCUGGUUGGUCCCUGCUCUGCAUCCCUGCUGGGAGGAGGUGAGACAGAGUUAUCCCAGUCUACAAAAAGGGCACAAAGGAAGAUCCAGGGACCCACAGAGCUCUUUGGCAGAGCUGUGCCCUGGGGACUGAACAGCCAUGGGGGAGCAGAGCCAUGUCAACAGCCUCUUCCUGAACGAGGAUGCAGCCAAGAGGCUCCACGGCGAGGGCCGUGUCCAGCGCCUGCGGCAAUCCCUGCAGAGACGGGCGGCACGAGCCAAGAAGAGGAUGCACAGCAUCACUGCUGCUGGCACCAAGAGCUUCUUCAGGAGAAAUGCUUUUGUCCUCUUCACCAUCUCUGCAGUCUUGCUAGGGAUCAUCCUGGCCUUUUCCCUCCGGCCCUACCAGCUGACCUAUCGCCAGAUCAAGUACUUCUCCUUCCCUGGGGAGCUCCUCAUGCGUAUGCUCCAGAUGUUGGUCCUUCCUCUCAUUGUCUCCUCCCUGAUUACAGGAAUGGCCUCACUGGAUGGCAGAGCCUCAGGGAAGAUGGGGAUGAGGGCUGUCAUCUACUACACAGUGACCACCAUCAUAGCAGUCUUCAUUGGCAUCCUCAUGGUGAUCAUCAUCCACCCAGGAAAAGGAUCCAAGGACAAACUUCACCGAGAAGGCAGAAUUGAGCAGGUGCAGACCACAGAUGCUUUCAUGGACCUGGUGAGGAAUAUGUUCCCACCCAACCUGGUAGAAGCCUGCUUCAAACAGUACAAGACCCAGUACGGCACCAGGGUCUUCACCAGAACCGUCACCCACAGCAGCAACGUGACAGCCACUCAGAUCCCCCUGCCUGAGAACUCCACGGGCAUCCUGGAGAACGUCACCCAGGCCCUGGGGACCAUCUCCGAGGUGCUGACCUUUGAAGAAGUCAUUCCCAUCCCGGGCUCAGCCAGUGGGGUGAACGCUCUGGGGCUGGUAGUGUUCUCCAUGUGCUUCGGUUUGGUGAUCGGCGGCAUGAAGAAGAAGGGACGGGCCCUGCGGGAGUUCUUUAACUGCCUCAACGAAGCCAUCAUGAGGCUGGUGGCCAUUAUCAUCUGGUACGCUCCCGUUGGGAUCAUGUUUUUAAUUGCUGGCAAAAUCCUGGAGAUGGAUGACCUGGCAGUCAUGGGAGGCCAGCUGGGGAUGUACACACUCACUGUCAUUGUUGGACUCCUCAUCCAUGCUCUCUGCAUCCUGCCACUGCUCUACUUCAUCGUCACCCACAGAAACCCCUGGGUGUUCAUUGCAGGGCUGCUGCAGGCACUCAUCACAGCCCUGGGCACCUCCUCAAGCUCAGCAACUCUGCCCAUCACCUUCAGGUGCCUGGAAGAAAACAAUGGUGUGGACAGACGUAUCACGAGGUUUGUUCUGCCCGUGGGAGCUACAAUUAACAUGGAUGGCACUGCCCUCUAUGAGGCCCUGGCAGCCAUCUUCAUUGCACAGGUCAACAACUACGAACUCGACUUCGGGCAGAUCAUCACAAUAAGCAUCACUGCCACGGCAGCCAGCAUUGGAGCUGCAGGGAUCCCCCAGGCAGGGCUGGUGACCAUGGUCAUAGUGCUGACAUCUGUGGGGCUGCCAACUGAAGACAUCACCCUGAUCAUUGCUGUGGACUGGUUUCUGGACCGCCUCAGAACGACCACCAAUGUCCUGGGAGAUUCCCUGGGGGCUGGAAUUGUGGAGCACCUCUCCAGGCACGAGCUGGAUGCACAGGACUGCGAACUUGACUAAACAGACCCAGUAUAACCUCACAGACUAUUUGUCCAACUUCUCAAGAAAGCAUUGAGUUUAAAUCCUGAAGAGACUUCCUGUACAUAAAGGGCAAACUGAUGGAUGAACUGGAAGAAAAUGAUGUUGGACUGGACUCAAAUGGGAAUCAAUUUGGGGAAGUCCCAUGGCCUGGGUUGUACAGAGAGUCAAACUUGAUGAUAAAAAGGGUCCCUUCUGGCUUUAUAAUAUAUGCACGUGCUUCCUGGUUUAGAGAUACUGCAAAGGGACCUUCCAACCCAAUCAUUUUUAAAGCUAUCUGGAAGGAUCCUGAUGGUACUUCCAUAAAAUUCAGCAGGAGUGUAACCUGUUUGCAGUUGCUGUUAGCAGACAUGUAAAAAUACCACGAGAGGGGCUCUCCACACUCCAUUGCCAUCAUAGAAUCACAGAAUCAGAGAAAGUUUGGGGUUGGAAGGGAUCAUCUAACCCAACCCUCCCAUGUUCCCACACAGUCAUGCCCUCCAAGCAUUGCCAUUUGUGAUUUUUCUGCUUUCAAGACAGGAUUAAUGGAGCACAAACAAGCAGAGGCCUCGUUUUCAAAUCCUGCAAACCAGCCUCCCCUGGGAAAUUUCAGAAUUCAGCUGAUAGGUUUUAGCUCUGGUGUUUGCCCACAUGGUGAACCAGUUAAUGAUUGGGAUUAUCUAUCUGUUUACAGGACCUGAAGAGUAAAGAAUUGACAUUGAUUUGCAUAUAUUUACAUAUAUACACACACCUCUGCACCUCAUUAUGAAAGGGGCACAUGCCCACAAACACAAAUAUAUCCAGAGCUGGGGUUUUUUUGUUCCUAAAGGCAAUACUAAACUCUCUGUAUAGCUGCAUACUUCAUUUUGAUGCCCAGAUAAUCCCAUCCUUUAAAAAAUAGAGGCUUUUUUACUUCAUUCCAGCAAUGAGUCUUCCAAAGCAAGGUGGAGCAGGAGGGAGCUCAGUGCAUGCUGGUUUUGUUUGGUCCCUACCAGUGACAAAACAGGAGCUUCUCCAUGCAUACAGAAAAUUCUCCACUUUAUCUUUCACUUUCUUGCACAUAUCUCAAGGAUCCACAUCCCCACAGCAUCCAAUUUGGCAAAGAAGUAGGAUUUAAGAGCUCAGCCAAGGAUACCAAAGUGUUUGUACUCCUUCCAAACCCAAUGCUGACCUUGUACUAACUCAGCCUCUCAGACUGGGUUAACUGAAAUAUCAAUUAAUGUUACUGAGAGUUUGUGCAAUCUUUUACUGCAGUACUGCUGCUUCUACUUGCAGAAACUUCCUGAGUUUCUUCUCUUUGCAAACAGAUUUAUUCCUAAUGAUUAGAUGGGCAACACUUGGGAUGAAACAGAGCUAUAUCAAUUCAUGCAUACAUGGAUUAGGACAUUCAAAAUUCAUUUUGAGAAAAUCCCUGAAGAAUUUGAACUUUCAGAUGACAGGCCAUGUGUAUGUGAUACAUGUACAUUGUUUAAGGAGCUAGCUCUGCAAAAACUGCCCUGAAAGUGUGUGUCCUCCUUUUGCUCUGCCUGAGGAAGAAAGAGGGACGUGGGAACCAUGCUGUACAGUGUGUUUAGAGCAUUCUGACUCUGUUAAUUCCUGAGGGCUUUUUCUUCAUGUUGUGAGUUUCAGUGUUAAUAAAGAUAGUUUGCAUAUUUGAAAAAUAAAGGGAAUU